UCCAAUAUGAUGUUCUAAAUAGUCAUGGGGGUCAAAAAUGUAUUGAACUGCUCAAAUGCUUUAUAUGCUUUAAAUUCAGAUUUUUUAACUGAUUUAAGCUUUUGAAAGUCUUGAUUGUCAACCUUUAGGAGGUCAUUUGAUUUGUGUGAUAUUUGCCAUUUUCCAUUAAAUACAUAUUAAACAUAAAAUAAUAAAUAAACAUACAUUGACUGAAGUUAACCAUGCAAUGUUACCGUUCCUGUAGCUAAUUUUAUAUGAUGAUUACAACAUUUUUGUAAUUUUUAAAAAGGUUUUAAUGAAAAAUUUGGUCAAUUUUGGUCAAUAAUUUGCUAAAUAUGUUUUUGUGCUGUAAUGCUGCCUGGCACCAUGACUGAUCAGGGCCCGUCGUGGAUAAAUAAUGAUGACAAUAAAACCGCCAGUUGGUGGCAGCAAGUCCAUGUUUUAAUAAAAGAUUUAUUGAAUCAUUCAAAUCAAACGAUUCGUUCAAAACGGCUGAUUCAAUUAUAAACGAAACAAGUGAGUACAUCUGAAUGGACUGUUAAAUCACUGGCUCACUCAAUUCGUUCAAAAUCUGAUUCAUUCAAGGAACAAACAUUUGUGUUGAUAUGCAUGAAUAUGCAUGUUGUAUGAAUUAAUACAAAGGUAUUUUUUCCAACAGGCUUCAUCGAGCAGUAAUAAUGCUUUUGGACUCUCAAUACGUGUUUUUGUUUGGUGUUUGCGAAGUCGGCGGCUCAGCUCUACUACCUCAAUCCCUCACAGUCACACAUUCCUCACAAAUUAGGCUAUGUCAGGGAAUGUCUUGAAAUUAAAAUGAAGGAAAAUCAUACCUUUCUGUUGUCUUCUUUUUAAAGAACUUCAAAAGUUGCGUUUUUAUACAGUCUUGAACCCUUUUGAGCGAUAAAUUACGAAAACUUGCUUCCGCUUGUGAGCAGCUUGUUACAGUAGGCUAGCUUCCGAUUAAAGUAUUUAGUUGAAUUAUAAUUAGAGAAUUUUAACAUUUAAUUAGCUUGAUACGUUUUACAUAAUACACAUUAUUAAUCUAAAUGGAAUGGUGCGGGUGUAUUGAAUCACAAAUCCCCAUCCUGUCUUAUGUGAGAAAAGUGCUUUUGCGAUUGCAAGAAUUGAUGUUCAAUUGUUCACUUGUUUAAGAGGGGCGUGUAGUUCGUGUCGCUGGUAGUUGUGCUGUAGUGUAGUGUGCUGUGAGCUGAAUGGUGAAUGAAGGCACUACAGUCAGUCCACGCGCACUGUGUGAUGCCCUUUUGUGGGAAAGUCCUACUAAGAGCACACAGACACACUCACAUCAGUACAGAUGGACUCAAAGAAGUAAACUGCGUGUGAAUGACUAGUUAUACAAACGGGAUAACGCGAACAAGAUUUGAGGGUGUUAGGAAAGUCGUUUUGCUUUUCAUACAGUGGAGAGGGUUCAUUUAAGCGACUGGAUUCACUGGCUAUUGUUGUGAAGAGAGAUAGACGCGCGGACGCGCAGAGGAGUUUGGGAAAACAGUGGUUUACUCCUCUGCCUUUCUUUUUUGUUGUCUUCAGUUAUAUUUGCUGUCACGCGCGCGAGUCCGGCUGAACUGUUGUUUCCGGACACAUGGAACUGGUCUGAGAUGUGAAAACUGAUUUUCUCGGAGAAGCCGUGGACUGAAUUUGGAUGCGUUUGCAAGUCUGGAUCGAAUGAUUUAUAUACUAGGUUACUUCUUCCCAAAAUGUUUCUCAGCCCUCAAGACAGAUUGACGGUUUGAAGAGCAGUGGGAGUCUGAACUUUAAAUCGGGAGCCGAUAUCCCUCUUGUCUUGAAUGAUGCCCAUAGAGAGACUCGCAGACAUGGAGGAGAAACUUCGUAUUUUGGAGGAUCUCAAUAUGAUAUACAUUCGUCAGAUUGCCCUGAGUCUAAAGGACAGCGACAUCCAGAAGAAGAUCGACUAUGAGAUCCGGAUGCGUGAGGGUGCUUGUAAACUGCUGGCCGCAUGUUCUCAGAGGGACCAGGCGCUGGAGGCCUCCAAGAGUCUCCUCACUUGCAACGCCCGCAUCAUGGCCUACAUGUCAGAGCUGCAGCGCAUGAAGGAGGCACAAGUCAUGCAACGGGUCGCACGCAGGUCUUCUGAUGCAGGUCCAAUGGAUGACCGAUCCCCAUGUAAAGGCAAAGUAGCCAUUUCAGAUCUACGGAUACCUCUGAUGUGGAAAGACACAGAUUAUUUUAAAAAUAAAGGAGAGCUGCAUCGGUGCGCUGUGUUCUGUCUGCUUCAGCUGGGUGGAGAGAUCUUUGACACAGACAUGGUGAUGGUGGACAGGACGCUGACAGAUAUCUGCUUUGACAACACAAUAGUCUUUAAUGAGGCCGGUCCAGGGUUCGAGCUGCGGGUGGAGCUGUACAGCUGUUGUUCAGAGGAGGACUACUCAGCAGGCAGCACACCGCGGAAGCUGGCCAGCAAGCUGAGCUCAUCUCUGGGAAGGUCAGCAGGAAAGAAAAUGAGGGCGGCCUUGGAGCCCGGAGCCUGCAGCGCCACUAGCAAUGGAGGAGGAGCGACAAUCCUGCUGCCUGUGCCCUCUGUACAGGGCCCCAAAUAUCAUCUUUUGGCUCACACAACCCUCAGUCUCUCUCACGUCCAGGAUAGCUUCCGCACACAUGACCUCACCAUCACGGGAAAUGAGGAGUGUUCGUACUGGCUGCCUCUGUAUGGCGGGGUAUGCUGUCGUCUGGCCGCUCAGCCUCACUGUAUGACACAACAGAUGAUGAGUGGCUGUCUGAGGGUAAAGCUUGGAGGUGAGCCACAAGGAUGGACAAAUGUCUACGGUGUUUUAAAAGGAACAAAUCUCUUCUGUUAUCAUCAAAAAGAGGACAUGGAGGCCAAAGUGGAGCCUGUCUUGACUAUUGGGAUUAACAAAGAGACAAGAAUACGGGCCGCAGAGAAGGAUCCUCACAGCAAGGCACAGAAUAUCUGUAUCACUAACCAGUAUGGAGGAGAGGAGGUGACGCACACACUCGCUGCAGACAGCAGAGAAGACACACAGCGCUGGAUGGAGGCCUUCUGGCAGCAGUUUUUUGAUAUGAGCCAGUGGAGGCAGUGCUGUGAUGACCUGAUGAAGAUUGAGCUGCCUUCCCCACGCAAGCCUGCCAUAGUCACACCCAAGCAGGGCUCCCUGUACCAUGAGAUGGUUAUUGACAAGUCUGAUGACAUCGGAACGGUCACUGACAUCCUGGCCCGUCGUAUUGAAGAGUUUGAGCUAAGGGCCCAGCUCGGAUCUCCGCCUCACUGGAUGGCCUUGUUUGAUGAAGAUCCCCCGAGAUCCCCUCACACCCUUCAGCACCUGCCGCCCCACUCACCCAGUCCUCGCCUACACAGCCGCCAGCCCCGCAGCCCACGCUGCCAACGCACACCCGGCCUUCUCUCCUCCAACGCCAGCCUGACCUCAGACAGCGACAGUCCCGCCAGCGUCAGCCCCUGUUUCCGCCAGGCAUGGUCCCCUGUCGCCUCUUCCUCCUCGGGUCGCUUCCGCCCCCGUACCCUCUCCCUGGACGCCAAGCUCUCCACUCUGCGAGGUCGGGGCUACAGUGGCUUCCGGUGCAACUGCCAGCCGCCCACGGCCAGCUCUGUGUCUCCUCGCCCCACUCAGACUGCUCUGUCCUGCUCCAGUUCAACUUCCAGCAGCAGCUCCAGCGAGGGAAGCAACAGUCAAGAGUCAGACCUGGGCUUCUCUAGACCGUCUGGUGCACGCCGCAGCUUGAGGAUCCUGAGAGCUAAGCUAGACCCCAGGAACUGGCUGCAGAGUCAGGUGUAGUGGUCACACUUCCUCUGAUUACUGUCAGAGCCAUCACAACUUCCUGUGUCUGCCUGGAAAAAACUGGAAUAACUGAGGUCAUGUUUGCUCAAUGUCUGUCGUUGUGUACUCUCUACAUAAUAAGAUCAGCAUGAAAAACGUUUUCUUCACCUCAGCAGUGGGAAUUCAGUACUAUACGUUCUAAUACACUACUAAUACAUAGCAUUACACGUUGUCUCUUCAUGAAAGCUGAUUAUUUUGGAUCUUUGGAGAGUGUAGAUGUUUUAAGAGAGAAAGACUCCUGGACUGAAGCAGUUGUCCCGAGUACUCUUGGGUCAGUCAUUGUGUCUGUGUGCACUGUUUUAGAUGUAUGCUUCAGAAAGUGCUGUCAGUAUUCAUCAUCACUCACAUUGAGGCUGGCAAAUACACUACCGUUCAAAAGUUUGGAUUUUUAAAUACUCUUAUGUUUCCAAGUCUGCAUUAAUUUGAUCAGAAAUGCAGUAAUAUUGUGAGAUAUUAUUAUAAUUCAAAAUAACUGAUUUGAAUAUUAAAAAUUUUUCAAAUGUAAUUUAUUCUUGUAAUGGCAUUGCUGAAUUUUGCAUAAUAUCCAAUUGAAAUGCAUAAUCAUUCUGAUAUGCUGAUUUGGUGCUCAAUAAAUUUUUCUCAUCUCCUUACUGCCAUUUUUGAUCUAUUUAAUGCACCCUUGCUAAAUUUAAGUUUUAAUAUCUUAAAAUCGUAUUGAUCCCAAACAUUUGGACGCUAUUGUAUUUCAGGAUCAGUGAUCUUGGAAACAUAGUAUUAAUAAACCUAACGUGUGAAAGUAACCUGAACUCUGAUGGAUUUCACUUUAUUAGUAAGUGCCACUGCACCUUAAGCACACAAGCCUGCAAGAAAAAAGUCUUAUAAUAUCAGUUUAAACUCAGCUUUUCUUUUUUUUUUUAUAGUUGAUUGUGUGAUAAAUGACAUUACCAAUAACUGACUUUCUGUCUUUGAUUACUUUCUGAUGUUGUGCUGUAUGGGUUUUUGGACAUGUAGUGACAACUUGUGCUUUGGAUCCGAUACCACACAAAAGCAACAUUUUUCAUUUAGAGACAUCUGUGGUUGUAGAAAUGCCCCUUUUGCAGUCAGCUAUGGUUCCAUUUAAUCUAAUCUCAAGAGUCUGGUAAUAGAAGGCUUACGGAGUUAAACUGAGCAGUAUUUUGCUGUUCCAGACACGUUCUAUGUAAAACGAAACAGCUUUUUUUAUGCUAUUAAUGUGAUUCAUAUCUAACAGUACAUUAUUUCAUACAUAGUUUUUAAAGUACUAUAUGUUUCUUUUUGUGACACCGGAGGAAAAUUGCAUCUUACAAUAUCUGCUAUAAUGUCUGUUUGCAUGGCUUCAGAAUAUAUGCAAAGGUCCAGACGUCACAAGACUCUGUGUUCAGGUUUAUAAUGAUGGGAUAUAAUGUGACUCCGUUUACUACCUGUGCUGUGACUGUAACGACCUCAGGAUUACUGUACAUACCUUAUCUCACUCAGCAAAUGUGAACCCCUAUCAAAAAUCAGAAUGCACAUUAACUAGGAUUCAGCACAGUGGCUGGGAGCUGAACAAUUUGGGUGCUUUGUUUUGAGUCACUACAUUAAAGGCCUGUCUGGUGGAGGAAGGUUUCAAAGGCACUACUAUGCAAAGCUACAAAAGUAAAUUGAGUUUUCUAGAUUUCAUUUAAAUCAGCGGUACAUGCAAUAUUUUUCAUAUUUUCCUUUUCCUUGUUGGCUUGCAGGUCAGUGUUGUCAAGCACUUUGAGUGUUUCAGUGUCAUAUGGCAUCUUCCAGCUCAGAUAGAGUGUGUAUUAAUUAUAUUAACAAUAUCUACAAUAUCAAACCUAGUUGGAUAACUAUUAUUGCGAUUUCAGUAAAAGUUACAGGUUAACAUUCCUGUAAUUCAGAAAACACAACUGCACAAUAUAUUAGCUAUCUAAAUCUGUAUUGUAUGAUCUUAUUUUUUUUUCAUACGAGGGUAAAAAAAUUAAGAUGUAAGUUUUCUUUAUAUAAUUACAUGUAUAGUGUAUUACAAAUAUCCAAAAAUUGAAAGACUAGAAAUGUCAGACUAACCUUUCCUCUUAAAUUAAGAAUAAGUAGAUAAAGUUUUGUCCUAGUACUUGAUGCUACAAAAUUAACAGUUCUCACUCGAAGGGCCACUGACUUGUAUUUAAAAACCGUACAUUCAUUCAAACACUGUUUGUUAUUGUAAAGUUUUGUCAUUUUCAUUUUGUGCUUUUAUUAAAGUUGUAUUUUACCAUAUGCAUUUUUGUUAUAAAUAAAAAGAUAUUGACAUUUUAUCAGAAGCUCUAACUAUCCUGGUAGAUUUCAGCAAGUGGUCUGCAUGUCUUUGGACAUAUAACUAAUAGAUUAAUGUACAAUAACAAAUGAUUGUAAAGAAUUACCUAAAUUAAAAGUAAACAACACUUUUUGUGUU